AUGCAGGAGCACGGUCAGGAGCACGGCCAGGAGCACGGCCAGGAGCACGGCCAGGAGCACGGCCAGGAGCACGGUCAGGAGCACAGUCAGGAGCGCGGCCAGGAGCACGGCCAGGAGCACGGCCAGGAGCACGGUCAGGAGCACGGUCAGGAGCACAGUCAGGAGCGCGGCCAGGAGCACAGUCAGGAGCACGGUCAGGAGCACAGUCAGGAGCACGGCCAGGAGCACGGUCAGGAGCACGGUCAGGAGCACAGUCAGGAGCACGGCCAGGAGCACGGUCAGGAGCACGGUCAGGAGCACGGUCAGGAGCACGGUCAGGAGCACGGCCAGGAGCAUGGUCAGGAGCACGGUCAGGAGCACAGUCAGGAGCGCGGCCAGGAGCACGGUCAGGAGCACGGCCAGGAGCGCGGCCAGGAGCACGGCCAGGAGCACGGCCAGGAGCAUGGUCAGGAGCACGGUCAGGAGCACAGUCAGGAGCGCGGCCAGGAGCACGGUCAGGAGCACGGCCAGGAGCACGGUCAGGAGCACGGCCAGGAGCAUGGUCAGGAGCACGGUCAGGAGCACGGACAGGAGCACGGCCAGGAGCACGGCCAGGAGCACGGUCAGGAGCACGGCAAGGAGCACGGGCAGGAGCGCGGCCAGGAGCGCGGCCAGGAGCACGGUCAGGAGCACGGCCAGGAGCACGGGCGGGAGCACGGCCAGGAGCACGGUCAGGUGUAA